GAACAUACCCUUUAAUCUUUAAAAGUUGGUAGAAAAGUUUUGGCUUAUGUUAAUGGCUUUAUUUUGUCGAUCCAUCGUCUCUAACUUUCCACUUCCUCGUCUUCCAUUUCAGCUCAUCCCUCCCAACACCUCAAUUCCUUCCCUACACUGCCCUCCCAAAUCCCACCAAAUUACCGCUUUGCCACUCGUUCUACGCUGCAAAACAGCUUCCUUUGCUUCACUGCCGUCGCAGCCGGCAUCAACCAUGGAAAACCCACCUGAAGGUUAUAGAAGAAACGUCGGCAUUUGUCUAAUGAAUCCUUCUAAUAAAAAGAUUUUUGCUGCUUCAAGGCUUGAUAUACCUAGUGCUUGGCAAAUGCCGCAGGGUGGAGUUGAUGACAAUGAAGAUCCAACAAAUGCUGCCAUCAGGGAAUUAAGAGAGGAAACUGGGGUUACUUCAGCAGAAAUUGUUGCUGAGGUUCCCCACUGGGUAACGUAUGAUUUCCCUCCAGACGUUAGAGAAAAGCUAAGGCAUCAGUGGGGAUCUGACUGGAAAGGUCAAGCACAGAAGUGGUUCCUAUUUAAGUUCACUGGAAAGGAUGAAGAAAUCAACCUUCUGGGGGAUGGGACAGAGAAGGCCGAGUUUGGAGAAUGGUCAUGGAUAUCACCUGAGCAAGUUAUUGAGCUUGCAGUGGAUUUCAAGAAGCCCGUUUACAAGGAAGUUCUAUCUGUUUUCUCGCAACAUUUCCAGUAGUGAAACUGUGUCAUUUCUGAAGUGCAAAGUUCAAGAGGUUCGUUUAUCUAAAACCCUUUCUUUAUUAGAUAUCCACUAGUCCUCUGCCAUUCUCUUAGCAAAUUUGUAUAUAAAUCAUCAUUCUGUCUUCAUCAUCAAAGCUUGAACCACUCAAGCGCAAGACCUAUGAAUGCUGUAUCCCUUUGAUAUGAACAGUUUUUGCUAAGCUUUCUUUGUGUUUGCAGUAAUUUGAUUACAUGUUUGCACGACUUUUGGAGGAUUCAUAUAGCCGACUCAAAUUUGUUUGGGAUUGAGACGUUGUAGUUGUAGUCUCUCGUUCUUCCUUUUCUUCAAUUAACAGCCCAAUGAAAGACUGCUUCACUUGAUUCAGAAGAGUAGAUUUUGUAUUUGUCUCGUUGUAUAUUUUUAUGUUUCAAAAAGUUGGUGAUGCUUAACAGGUUAUAUUUACCAAAUUAAUGGCAGGAGGUUCAAUA